AUGGAGCGCCCUGGCUCCCCCGCCCCGGGCUGUACCUGCCCCCCCGCUCCGCGGGGCCGCGGCGGGCGGGGGCGGCGGAGCGGGGACACGUCAUGCGGGAAGGAGAGCCCGGCCGGCCGCGAGUGGGCUCCGCUGCGGCCCGGCAGAGCUCCGCACCGCGCUCCGGUCCGCACCGUUCUGCGCCUCUCCGCUCCGGACAGCAGAGCUCCGCACCGCGCUCCGGUCCGCACCGUUCUGCGCCUCUCCGCUCCGGACAGCAGAGCUCCGCACCGCGCUCCGGUCCGCACCGUUCUGCGCCUCUCCGCUCCGGACAGCAGAGCUCCGCACCGCGCUCCGGUCCGCACCGUUCUGCGCCUCUCCGCUCCGGACAGCAGAGCUCCGCACCGCGCUCCGGUCCGCACCGUUCUGCGUCUCUCUGCACCGCUCCGCUCCGCACGGUGCCGCACCGCGCUCCGCUCCGUACCGCGCUCAGCUGAGCACCGCGCGUCUCUCCGGACAGCUCCGCUCCGCACCGCGCUCCGCACCGCGCUCCGCACUGCUCGGCGCGCCCGGCCGCGGCAGUCGCGCUUCAAGACGCAGCCGGUGACUUUCGACGAGAUCCAAGAGGUGGAGGAGGAGGGGGUGUCCCCCAUGGAGGAGGAGAAGGCCAAGAAGUCCUUCCUGCAGUCGCUGGAGUGCCUGCGGCGGAGCACCCAGAACCUCUGCCUGCAGCGGGACCGCCUGGGCAGCUGCCGCCUCCGCAACAGCCUCGACUCCAGCGACUCGGACUCGGCGCUCUGAGCGCGGCGGGCCCGGCGGUACCGGCCCGGCAGCGGCGGCACGGACUGACCGCAGGGAGCCGCGCCGCCGCCGGCACAGGAGCGCCGCACGGACAGCCGGGUCGGGAUGUUUUCUAAGAAAGCGCUUGUACCUUCGUUUCUAUUUGAUUGUAUGAAACUCACCGUUUAAAGACAAAAAAAAAAGAAAAAAAAUCUUUUCUAUUCGUUAGAAGAAAUGAGCUGUUUUAGAUGCAUUGAGCUGCUGGACUUAAUAUUUAUUUUUGCAUUUAAACUGUUGACUGCAUUAAUUUAAUAUGUUUCUACCUGAAUGUCUGUUAUUAUUUCCAUAAAAGAGUAAUAAAUAUGAUAUA